CAUUAGCAAUGGCCCGCUUCACCAUGCUCGCUGCUUUCAUCGGUGCCCUCACCGCCAUCGCCGCUGCCACGCCCAUCGACGGUGGUGAGACCCAAGCCCUCGAGAAGCGUGUCACCCACACCGGCAAGGUAGUACUCUCUCCGGCUGCUUACCGACGGAACAGCGACCCCGUCGUCGCCAUCUCCCACCUCAUCUACGGCAGCGGUGGAAACUUGGAUGCAAAUACCAACCCGGCCACUGGCAUCAGCCAGUACGCCAAGACCGUCGACGAGUGCGAGGGCUGCGGCGCGUACGACAUCGAUCUCAGCCCGUCUCUGUUUGAGUCCCUGGGUGCUCCGCUCUCCCAGGGUGUCAUAGAGGGUGUCGAGUGGCACUUCGAGGCCAAGGGCUUCAGCCCGUAAGCGUCGCAGAAGGAGGAACGUCGCAAUAAGAACGGUGGCUCGUUGAUUGGGUAACAUAUUGGUUAUAAAUGGCCAAGUGAUUUAUGGCAAUGCUGUGGUAUACGACGCCUGAGAUUGACUUGGACCGAAUGAGAGUCCGGGAGACAUACCGCGAUUGUAAUUCUUGUAAUUUGAAUGCCGAAUUCACUGGAGAUAUUUCCUCUGA